AUGUGCUGCUAUGGAAACUACUAUGGGGGUCUUGGUUAUGGUUAUGGCUGUGGCUGUAGCUAUGGAGACCUAGGUUAUGGCUAUGGUUAUGGCAGAUUUGGAUAUGGCUGCUGCCACCCAUGUUGCCAUGGGAGAUACUGGUCCUAUGGAUUCUACUGA